AAAUUAUAUGAUAAAUACCAAUAAUGUUACAAUACAGAUAUACAAUAAUGCAGAUGCACGUAAAUCAAUGAAGGUGCACUAUUUGAGAAAGGAAACUGAUCGUAGGAAGUUUUUGCAAAUGUGCUCAGCAGUUUUAGGUUUUGGACAUAAUAAUUAUUAGAUCUAAGAGCAUCCCGGAUAUUUGAUCAAUCAGGAAAAGAGAUAAUGAACAUUGAUAGCAUAUAAAUGGGAGCAAGUUAUUUCAUAUCUAGUGUAUAGCUAAAAUGUGUUAUUAAUAUAGGGAGAGGAGUUCAAUAAUUAUAAUUCUAAUUUUUAAAAUUCUUAUGGCGAAUCAAAAUAAUUAGUUUAAUACAGGAUUUCAUUGUUGGGGAUGGGUUCUGUUGGAAAAUCUAAUUUGACAACUCGAUGGGUUAAUAACGAAUUUUUUGAAGAUUAUAGUCUGACUCUUUUGGAUAAAUAUACAAAAAGAGUGAUUGUGGGUGAUUAACAAUGCCAAAUCGAGGUAUAUUGUUAUAUCCAUCAACCAAGAUUUCUGACACCUGUGGUUAAGAAGCAUACACGUCCUUGAGAACUCAAUGGAUGAAAGACAAAGAAGGGUUGAUAUUCACUUAUGCAGUAAACUCUUUAGAAAGUUUUGAAGAUAUCAAAAAUACUCUCUUGUUAUUUUAAUAGCUGUUUGAGAAAUAAGAAUAUGUACCUUCGAUUGUUAUUGUUGGAAAUAAAACUGAUUUGGGUUCUGAGAGAGUCAUUAGUUAUGAUGAGGGCAAGUAGUUGGCUGCCUAAUUCAAAGCACUCUUUUAUGAGACUUCAGCCAAAAAUGGGUCCAAUGUCAAUUAGAUGUUUACUGGCCUUAUAAAUGAUAUUAUCCAAUAAAAGGAGAAUGCAAGAAAAUAAUAAUUCAAAAAGGUUGAAGAAGAUCCUUAGAACUAAAAACAAGGGUGGUGCUCUUUAGUAUGAGUUUAUGAUUUUGAUUAUGCAAUAAUAUAGUAUUUAUAUAGAGC